AUGUCUCUACCUCUCUCUGUCUCUGUCUCUCUGUCUUUUUUUCACUGCCUCUUUCUCUUUACAUCUCUGCCACUGUCUCUUUUUGUUUCUGUCUCUGUCUCGCUCGGUUUCACAUCCUGUCACUCCCUAGCCACCACCACCCGGCACAUGUGGGCUGAGGGUCUCAGUCCCUUCCCUCCCAUCUCCUCACCCCUGGCAGCUGCUCACAGCUUCCCAAUCCUGGCCUCUCCUGCCCGCCCCUCUUGGGCCUUGGAGGAGGGGGGCAAAGGAGGAAGGGAGGGCAGCCUGGUGGGCCCACCCCUUUUUGCCUUUCCAGGCUGGGAGGCUGGGCCAGUGGGCCUUUUAACCAGCCCUGGCAGGCUGUGCCGGACACCAGCCCUGGACGCCGUGCCUGGCCCCUGUGGUCCCGCCAGCCCGGCCAGCCCGGCCAGCAUGCAGCAGCAGCCCCCACCCGGGCCCCUGGCCCCUGCUGCCGAGCCGACCAAGCCGCCCUACAGCUACAUAGCCCUGAUAGCCAUGGCCAUCCAGAGCUCCCCGGGGCAGCGGGCCACCCUCAGCGGCAUCUACCGCUACAUCAUGGGCCGCUUUGCCUUCUACCGCCACAACCGGCCCGGCUGGCAGAACAGCAUCCGCCACAACCUGUCGCUCAACGAGUGCUUUGUCAAGGUGCCCCGCGAUGACCGAAAGCCAGGCAAGGGCAGCUACUGGACGCUGGACCCUGACUGCCACGACAUGUUCGAGCACGGCAGCUUCCUGCGCCGCCGCCGCCGCUUCACCCGGCGGGCAGGUGCCGAGGGCGCCAAGGGCCCCGCCAAGGCACGCCGUGGACCCCUCAGAGUGACAAACCAGGACCCAGGAGUCCCCGACGCCACGACUGGCAGGCAGUGCCCGUUCCCGCCAGAGCUGCCAGAGCCCAAGGGCCUAAGCUUUGGGGGUCUGGUGGGGGCCUUGCCAGCCAGCAUGUGCCCGGCAAUGACCGAUGCCAGGCCUCGGCCACCCGCGGAGCCCAAAGAGAUGCUCACACCCAAGCCUGCCGGCCCAGGGGAGUUCCCCGUGGCCACCUCGUCUUCCCCAUGCCCAGCAUUUGGCUUUCCUGCUGGCUUCUCUGAGGCUGAGGGUUUUAGCAAGGCUCCUACGCCCAUCUUGCCCCCCGAGGCGGGCAUUGGGAGCAGCUACCAGUGCCGGCUGCAGGCACUGAAUUUCUGCAUGGGGCCUGACUCAGGCCUUGAGCACCUCUUGGCCUCAGCGGCCCCCUCCCCUGCACCACCCACCCCUCCAGCCUCACUCCGGGCCCCACUGCCCCUGCCGGCUGACCCCAAGGAACCCUGGGUUGCAGGCAGCUUCCCUGUCCAGGGAGGAUCUGGCUACCCGUUGGGGCUGACCCCCUGCCUAUACCGGACACCAGGAAUGUUCUUCUUUGAGUGAAGCCAGCCUGACCUCGGGCAUCCCUGCAGGGCGCCUGCCAACUACACCCUCCAGGCUGAGCCUGCCUCUAGGAUCUGGGGAGCUCUCACAGGACCCAGGCCUACAAGCCAAUGACAGCUGGAAGAGGAAGCCAAGACUGGAGUGAUGAACAUUCGGCCAGCCCCCAGGGCCUCCGGACAGACUUGGGGGUGAGGGGAUGCGGGGCCCACUUGAGAUUUAGCAUGUGGCUCUCGGGGCCAAUAAAGCCAGUGUGAUGAUGAGGGUCAGCUUGCUGGAUGG